AUGUUGAUGAUCAAAACAGAAACUGAGUUCAUUCCGGUGGACACCAGCACUGCCCAAUGUGAAUACAGGAUCUGGACAAGGGCCUUGUCAGCUAUUGAGCGUCCUCUCCUCUUCCUCACCAAAUGCCCUCGACCCCUCCAGCCCAAGCCCCCUGAGGAAACCAGAAAUGCCUACACGUCCUGCAGCGCCAGGGUCCCCUCAGUCAGCGCGGCGCGGGGGCUCACCACCACCCGCUCUCGCAACGCCUCCCCACCCCCAGGCCGUGGAGGGGCAGGGGGCGGGGGCGCGCGCGCUCCACCACGCACGCGCCCCCACGCACGCGCUCUCCCUCCGCGCUCGCGCUCCUCCCCAACCCGGCCCGGAGGGGGCGGGGCUGCGGGCGGCCUCCGAGGGUGCGACGCCCCCGGCGCGGCGGCGGCGCUAGAGAGCGGCCGGCCGGGCGCGGGUUGCUGGGCGCGCGCUGCUCCGGCGGGGCCCGCUGGCCACAGCCGCCUCGCGCCAGCCGCCCGCCCAGCGCGGCCAGCUGCGAGAGCCGCUAGCGCGGGGCCCCAGGCGGCAGGCGCCGCGCUCUCUCCGCCGCCCCGCGCGCCUCCUCGGGCGGCCCCGCCCCCGUUCCCAUCCCCCUCGCGCUCACCUCCGGGCUGUGCCGCGCGCUAG